AUGGAAGCGAAACGCUGGGCAGCGGCCAGCGCUCGUACACUGGCCCGACGCCUUCGCCGUGAGCGACAGGCGGAGCGGGGCUGGUCGAGGGCGGCCGCUUUGAACCGGCGUGUGAAGGCGCUGCGCAGCUCGCUGGAUGCGCAUUGGCGACUCGCUGUUGCGGUUGGCCGCUUCCUCCCCACCCUUGGGGAGGAGUUGGCGGCAGGGCGCCUGCUGGGCUGCGACGGCGAGCUCCUCGACGAGGCGAGCGAGGCGCUGAUCUACGGCAACGCGGCGCGGCACUCCCCGCCGCCAGUGGCCGUGGCAGGCGUCCCUCGCCUGCCCGAUGGGCCGGAUGCAAGGGCGCUGGAGCGCUUGCUGGCCGGCCAUUCUGCGCAGCUCAGGCGCGAGGCUCGACCUUUCGUGCCCGACGGCUGGGAGAAGGCCGACGUGCUCCUGCAGGCGCUUGGAGCCAGAGGCCGGCACCUCGACACGGAGGUGGUGCAGAGCGAGGGCAUCUCCAAGAUCGUCGAAUCGUCGACGGUCCACAAGGACGAGGUGCCGCAGAACGUCAUGUGCGACUCGACCGCCGCCGACACGCUGGCUGGCAGCUCCUUCGGCCUGGCAGCCCCUGGCGGCGAUGGCGGCGGCGAUGAGCAGGCGCUGCAGGACGUGCUGCAGCGGGACCCCUUGGGCGGGAUCGGCAUCGAGCACGUGCCGACGACCCCGCCAGGUGAUGUGGCCGAGGACAUUCACAGCGGAGUAGCGGCUGUGGAGUCGGCGGCGGUGCAGGGCGCCACCCCAACGGGCCUAGUACCUGGGGGCUUGGGAACGUUUCCCAUCGGUGCUGCUGUGUGGCCCGCCGCCGCGGCCGCGGGCGCAUCGCAGGCGGGUGCCACCCCAGCGGGCCUUAUACCUGGGGGCUUGGGAACGUUUCCCACCGUCUCUUCUGCUUGUUCGCGCAGCUUCAGCGAGAAGAUGUGGAGAGCAAGGUCGGUGAUCUCUCGCACGUGGCUGGAGCCGCUCCCGCGGGAGGCUCAGGGCCAGGCGUGCGUCGAUGCGGCCGAGGACGCUCACAGCGGAGCGGAGACCGCAGUGUCGGAGGCGGAGCAGUUCUUCUACGACUGGGUAGGGUACGUAGACUCUGAGUACGGCAUCGGCGAGACGGUUCGCGGUGUCAUCUACAGCAUCGACGACUCGGACGCCGAGAGCGCAGGCUACGACGACGCCUACGCGGACCCCUCGGCGGAGGACCUGCGGGCGAGCCACAUGGCACAGUGCCAGGCCGCGGCCGAGGAAGCCUCGCGCCAGUGGCGGUCGGCAUCGACGUGCUCAUCGCCCCCCUUCAAGGCGAAGCUGGGGCGCUGAGCGGAGCGGCGGGGGUGGGAUCGGCCUGAUCCCGCGGCCCGCCAGCGACCAGAAU